UGUCUUUCUAGAAAUGACUGAAUUAAGCAUGACCAAAAACACGAAUGCACAUAAGAAGUUAUGGGCCACAAUCUUUCUUAUAUGGACGGCAGCUUUCACGGGCGUCACACUCGUCUAUAAUAGACAACAUUUGAGCCAAUGGCAAAACGCUUUUGAGCCCCAAGAAACCCACGAACGGUCCUACUCAGUGGAUGAAUUCACCAGGGGGGUAGACAUCCUUCCAAUCCAUUCGCACAACGACUACUGGCGCAAGGUUCCAUUCUGGGACGCAUACAAGAUAGGUGUCAAGAGUGUAGAGGCUGAUAUCUGGUAUUAUGCUGACGGGAAGGACCUUCCAAGAAAAUUAUCCGAAGACAAGAACUUUGAUAUGAACGAAAUCUACGUGGGCCAUACUUCUAAAUUUUUGAACGCAUCCAAAACGUUGAACAGCCUCUACCUCGAUCACAUCUGGGGCCUCUUGGAGAAUUCUAAUUCCUAUGACUGGAGUAACUCCAGUAUCAAGAAUGGAGUGUUCUACGACGAUCCUCACGAAACAUUGUUUCUCUUUUUAGAUGUCAAAAGGGCUGCUGCCGGAACGUUUGAGAGAUUACCAGAGUACUUGGACCGCUUUAUCAAGAAAGGCUACUUGAGCUAUUACAAUUUGGAGAAAAAUAUCGGUUACAGUGGCCCAUUGACGCUCAUCCUUACUGGUGGCAUACCUGAAAUAUCGUACAUCGACAAGAACGUGGAGAAGCUUUACACGUUUUUGGAUGCUCCGUUGAACUCGUUUAUGCUUGUUAACAACAAUGCCAAUACCACAUAUGAUUCUGACUUGGAAAAGUAUCAGGUAUAUUCUAAGGUUGCAUCUGGUGCAUUGGAAGGAAUUAUCUCGGAUAACCCGACAGUUUUCAACAACACAAAAAUCUUGGAUACCGGGGACUUUACCGAAGUGGAAAUGAAAUACUUGAAGGCUGGUUUCAAGCCGUUCACGGAAAAUGCGAAGGCCCAGUUGUUUUACUCGCGUAUCUGGGAGUUACCUGCAUGGCCACGCUACAAGAGGGAUAAGAUCUGGAGGAGCUUAAUUGAAGCGGGUGUUGGGUUGCUCAACGUGGAUGAUCUUGCGUCUGCUAGUAUGUUCUAG